AUGAAGAUUGUCUUGUGUUGUGUGUAUGAAGUAUAUAGUGUUCAAAAACGACAAAUAAUCACCGACACGGUUCAAGAAAGUAGAGGCUAUUUGAACUUAAAGAUGAGGUUAGCUUACUUGAGUGAUAUUUUUCUCAAAUUGAACGAGUUGAAUUUAAGUCUUCAAGAUGAACAAUUAAAUAUAUUUAUGGACAAUGAUAAAAUCAAAGCCUUUACAAAGAAAAUAGACUUGUGGUGCUCAUACUGCAAGGAGAUUAAUUUUGCAGCAUUUCCUACUUUAGAAAGUUUUGUUAUAGAAAACAAACGAAAAACUGAGUUAUCAUCUGAUGGAAAAUUAAAAUUUGCUUUCAAAGAGCUUAAAUUGAGUCAUUUUUGGCUAAAAGUUCAAAAUGAAUAUCCAGAAUUGUCUGAUGCAGCUCUAAAGCGAAAAACUGAGUUAUCAUCUGAUGGAAAAUUAAAAUUUGCUUUCAAAGAGCUUAAAUUGAGUCAUUUUUGGCUAAAAGUUCAAAAUGAAUAUCCAGAAUUGUCUGAUGCAGCUCUAAAGGUAUUAUUACCAUUUGCAACAUCUUAUAUGUGUGAGAUUGGAUUGUCCCAAUUUCUCUACUUAAAAUCUAAAUAUCGAAACAAAUUAGCAAUAGAGCCACCUUUAGGACUCAAAUUGAGCAAAAUAGAGCCAGAAAUACCACUACUUGUAAACAAGAAACAGACUCAUAGGUCUCAUUAA